AUACAUAAACAGAUAAAAUAAAAUAAAUAAGAAUAAUAAUGAACACAAUGAAAUAUACAGUUAAAUCCAUACAGUAUAUGGAAGAUGUUUACCUGCCAAAGGAUUUGUAUCUCAAUCCUGUUCUGAGAUUUAUGUCCAGGGGCGGACUGACCAUUUGGAAACUCGGGCACUGCCCGAGGGCCCGGCGUCAGUAGGGGGCCCCACGAGAUGCCCCUGUACCUUUUUCAUAGGCUUUUUUGAGUUUUUGGCAAGGACACAGGGGCCCCAUGAUCCCCUAUUGCUCGGGGACCCCAUGAGUUGUCAGUCCGCCCCUGUCCUAAAUGAUCCU